AUGUCUUCGCUACACAAGGUAUUGGUGGUGAUUGGCACCACGGGUGCAGGCAAGACGAAGCUUUCUAUAGAUUUAGCUAAAGCUGUAGGAGGCGAAAUUGUCAAUUCAGACGCAAUGCAAAUGUAUCGGGGCCUGGACGUGGCCACGGCAAAGAUCACAGAGCAGGAAAAGCAAGGGGUCCCACAUCACCUCUUUGAUGUGGUGGACCCAAGUUCUCGUUGCAAUGUGCUGGAGUUUAAGCGUCUGGCAUUGCAGAUCAUAGACGACAUUUUGAAGAGAGGAAAAGUGCCUAUUGUCGUGGGCGGUACCAUGUACUACACGCAGUCCAUUCUCUGGAAAUCUCAGCUGCUGGACGACGUGCCGCUCAAGACGUCGACCGAGCAACAGAAGCACGAACAACAGACACCUGAGAGUGUCUAUGCCCGACUACGAACUGUUGAUCCGGUGAUGGCUACGAGAUUGCAUGUUAACAAUGUGCGCAAGGUACAGCGCAGCUUGCAGGUGUUCGAGCAGACAGGUAUCCCUCAUAGUGAGUUGCUGGCUCAACAGGAACGGGAGCAGCACAAUAUCGAAAGGUAUUUCGACGCUUGCGCCUUCUGGGUUCAUGCGAGUCAACCGGUGCUGAGUGAACGUCUUGUGAGACGGGUGGACAAAAUGUUGAGUUCUGGAUUGUUGGAGGAGAUUCGUAGCCUGCGUGCUCACAUGAAAGAGAACCCCCCACGACUGAACGCGGGUAAUCAUGACGAGGAAGAAGCACAGAACUCCGUCGGCGUUUUGCAAUCCAUCGGAUACAAGGAGUUCCAGCCGUAUUUUGACGCACUAGAGGCUGCUGACGGUACAUCGGACGACCCGAAGGCGCUGAAGAUCAUCUUGGAUUUGUGUAUUGAACAGCUGAACAUUGCCACGCGCCAGUAUGCUCGCCGACAGCUCUCGUGGAUUCGGAACAAGUUUGUGACGAAGAAUAUUCCCGUCUAUCAAGUAGAUAGCAGUGAUGUCACGAAAUGGAACGCGCUCGUGGCUCAACCUGCUAUUUUAAUUGCUCAGAAAUUCCUGGUAGGCGAAGAGAUCACAACAUACCAGACGGUCCAGCAGCAAAAACCAGAGGCAGCCCAGGCAGCUUCAUUGGAGGACAAGUUUCAGAAGAACUUUUGCUGUGUCUGUAAUGGACGUGAGUUCACGGGCAAGAAGCAGUGGGCUGAACACUUGCGUUCAAAGGGGCACAAAUACCAUCUCAAGCGAAUACAGAUACAGAAGGAGCAAGGAGAACGAAGAGCUUAA